UUUAUUUCGUUUUUUCAGGCAGCCAAUUUUCCUGAAUAAAAAACAAACAUACAAACAAACGUUACUUCUAUGGCGGUAACAUCUAGUAGUUACCCUCAUCAACGUCUCAAACCUAACAACAAUAAACAAAACCAAAAAAAACCCAUCUUCUCCACCCACUCUCAAUCAUUAAAUUCAAUAAUUCUCACUUCCCAAAACCCAAAUCUCAUUUUUCUAUGAUCUCUCCAUCAAUUUCAUCCCCAAAAAACCUAAAAUCACAAUUCCAGACCUCAACCAUAACCACCACUUUUCAUCAUCUCCAAGAGUGUUGUUACUCCCACAAUUCAGACUAAUAAACCUAACACCAAACUCAAUGUUCUCAACCCCAUUCGUUCUCACUUUCUCUCUCCUCCUCUCUCUCCCAAUCCUCUUCUUUCUCGCUCCUCGAAUCCUCCCUCCACACCCCACCCCCAUCCCAAUCUCCCCCUCCGAUGAACUCGAUGACAUCAACCUCUUCAACAACGCCAUCGCACAUUCCUCAACCCCUCCUUCUUCCCCUCACCCCUCCAAAUUCUUUCACCUCUCUUCCAAAAACCCUAACCUCAAAAUCGCUUUUCUCUUCCUCACAAACACAGAUCUCCAUUUUACCCCUCUCUGGAACCUCUUCUUCCAAACAACACCAACUAAACUCUUCAACAUUUACGUCCAUUCAGAUCCUUCCAUUAACGUCACAACAAUCAACAACCCUCUCUUCAAAUUCAUCCCUUCUAAAAAAACCUACCGCGCUUCUCCCACUCUCAUCUCCGCCACGCGCCGUUUACUCGCUAACGCACUCUUGGACGAUCCCGCCAACGCUUAUUUCAUCGUCCUCUCGCAAUUCUGUAUACCUCUCCACUCUUUCGAUUACAUCUACCGUUCGCUUUUUCUCUCGCCGACGUUCGAUCUCACCGAUACCGAAUCCACGCAAUUCGGUGUUCGCUUGAAAUACAAAAGCUUCGUUGAGAUUAUCUCCAAUGGUCCUAGGUUAUGGAAACGUUACAUCGCUAGAGGACGGUCUGAGAUGAUGCCGGAAGUUCCGUUUGAGAAAUUUCGAGUUGGAUCUCAGUUUUUUUCUUUGACGAGAAAACAUGCUUUGGUUGUUGUGAAAGAUAGAACAUUGUGGAGGAAAUUCAAGGUUCCGUGUUAUCGGGAUGAUGAGUGUUAUCCCGAGGAGCAUUAUUUUCCGACUUUGUUGUCAAUGGCGGAUCCUGAUGGGGUUACUAGCUACACGCUUACUAAUGUUAAUUGGACUGGUACUGUGAAUGGUCAUCCUCAUACUUAUGAAGUGGAUGAAGUUUCGCCGGAGCUUAUUCUCCGGUUGCGGAAGUCCAAUCAUUCCGAGUCUUAUUUAUUUGCAAGGAAAUUUGUUCCUGAUUGCUUGGGACCCUUGAUGGCCAUAGCCAAAUCCGUCAUUUUCAAGGACUGAAUAAUUGGCGAAAUUACGAGAUCUUGAUAUGAUGAAAAUGGUCAGAGAUGAUAUUGCUUGAUGGGAUAUACAGUUUGAAGAAGCAAUGUGCGGCUCACAACCUGUAUAUCUGGAACUCUGAUGGAGAGAUUCAAUAUUUCAUUAAAAUGCUGAAUCAAAAUUCAAAAUUGAAAACAAUGUGAGAUAGGUAGAUGAUAUACCUGCUUGAGUUUAAAAAAAGAGAGAGGCAGAUGGUGUUCUAGUCAAGUGUAUUAUUCAGUUGGUGCAAGUGGUUAAGUAAGUAAUUGCCAAAGAAGAUUGUUUAGGUAGUUUUGUCUUCUGUUGGUUUUUUCUUUUUGUACAUACGAAACGUGUAAACUUAUUGGUAAGAUGCUCCAAAAGUGUACUAGUACUUCUUUUAGACAAAAAAAAUAUGAGGUGUUGCCUGAACAUGAAGCAGCAGUGAUGAUAUAAAGAAAAACUCUGCCCAAAUUUGGCCAGUUGCUUGUGCA